GCAAUUGAAAAUCAAAUCCGCAGUUUUGGUCAAACGCCAACACAACUGUUAGCAGAGCCUCAUCCACCUAGAAGCUCAAUGAUGCAUUUGAGUCCAAUGAUGUUUUCUACUAAUCAAGAUGAUGUAUGUAUGAUUAUGAAGUUUUUGUCGAAUUCUCCGGUCGUCCAUGUUGCAGCUAAUACUCAUCCUGCUGUACCAUUACCUGCCGUCCUCACUAUUUCAUCAAACCACAACUUUGCUAUUAAUAAAUGGAAUUCUAAUUAUCAGCCUCAAUCAAAUACCAGUAGCUUCUCUUCUGAUAAACAAGAUCCAAACAACCAACCACAGUUACCACUUGCAAUGGAUCAAUUAUUAGUAUUACAUACCGGCUUAUUCCGUCGAACACUUGGUGAUAAUUUUGAUCAAAGGCUACAGGUCACUCAAUCCAGUUUUGUAACUACAGCUGAUAACAGAUUUAUCUUUGCCUGUGGUUUCUGGGAUAAAAGUUUUAGGUUAUUCUAUUCAGACUCGGCUAAAAUCUUACAAGUUAUAUUUGGACAUUUUGAUGUGGUAACAACUGUUGGUAGAUCUGAAUGUAAUGUGAACCAAGAUUGUUAUAUUGCUACUGGUUCGAAAGAUUGUACUGUGAUGAUCUGGAUGUUUAAUUCUAAGCAUCAAGCUAUUAUGGGUGACAAUGGAAGCACUGAAAGUCCAACUCCAAGAGCUACAUUAACUGGUCAUCUCUCUGAAGUAACUUGUGUCAGUUUGUUGGCUGAAUUGGGAUUAGUCAUCAGUGGUUCCAAAGAUGGUCCGUGCCUCGUUCAUACAUUAAAUGGUGAUUUACUGAGAUCUCUUGACCCACCUAAAGUGUGUAGUACACCAAGAUUAAUAACCAUAUCACGAGAGGCCUAUAUAUUGGUAAACUUUGACAGUGGUAACAUAUGUAGCUUCUCUAUUAAUGGAAAAUUGUUACGGUACUUAGACCACAAGGACAACAUUAAUAGUAUGAUUCUUAACAGAGAUGGUCAAUACAUUAUGUUAGGUGGAGAUGGUGGUAUAGUGGAGGUGUGGCGAUCACAUGACUUCACAUUAUUAUAUUCUUAUCCAACCUGUGAUAGUAGUAUUCGUUCCCUUGCUUUAACUCACGACCAAAAGUUCCUUAUAGCUGGUUUAGCAACAGGAUGUUUGAUAGUGUUUAAUAUAGACUUUAAUAAGUGGCAUCAUGAAUACCAAGAUCGCUAUACAUAA